AUGCUGUUCAGCCGCUUAAUACCCGCAGCAGUAGCGCUACUUCCCGCCCUUACGUCCGCUUCCUCCGUCCUCGACCUCGAGCCCGCCAACUUCGACGAUGUAGUCCUCAAGUCUGGCAAGCCCGCCCUCGUAGAAUUCUUCGCCCCCUGGUGUGGCCACUGCAAGAACCUUGCACCCGUCUGGGAAGAGCUUGCCACCGUCUUCCAACACGCUUCAGACAAGGUCUCAGUCGCGAAGGUCGAUGCGGAUAACCACAAGUCAUUGGGCCAGAGAUAUGGAGUCUCAGGCUUCCCAACGUUGAAGUGGUUCGAUGGCAAGAGUGAUAAGCCGGUUGAUUAUAAUGGAGGACGGGACCUAGAGAGCUUGACCAAGUUCAUCACUGAGAAGACGAGCUUAAAGCCGAAGGUCAAGGGCAAGUUGCCGAGUCAAGUAGUGUAUUUGACCGAUUCGAGCUUCAAGGAGAAGGUUGGAAAGGAUCAGGAUGUACUUGUUGCGUUUACCGCGCCGUGGUGUGGACACUGCAAGACUCUCGCCCCCAUCUGGGAAGCCCUCGCCAACGACUUCGCCACCGAGCCCUCAGUCCUCAUCGCCAAAGUCGAUGCCGAAGCCGAGAACUCCAAAGCCCUAGCUCAAGAGCAAGGCGUUUCAUCUUACCCCACCAUCAAGUACUUCAAGAAAGGUUCUUCUGAGCCCCUUCCUUACAAGGGCGCCCGCGAUGAGAAGGACUUUGUUGAAUUUUUGAACACGAAUGCUGGUACACACCGCGCCGUUGGCGGCGGUCUCGACGCCACUGGUGGCACCAUCGAAGCCUUCAACACCGUCAUCGAGAAGUUCCAGGGUGCAUAUGGAGAUGGCGUGGAGGAGGCCCAGAAAAUCGCUGCGGGAUUGCAGGACAAGUACGCUCAGUACUACGUCAAGGUGUUCCAGAAGAUUGGCGCGAACAAGGGAUAUGCGGAGAAAGAGCUCAAGCGCCUACAGGGACUGAUUAGCAAGGGCAACUUGGCACAAGAAAAGCUAGAUGAUCUGGCCAGCAGGAGUAACAUCCUCAGGAAGUUCUUGGGCAUCGAGGAGAAGACCGAGUUGUAG